GUUUCCCAGGAGAGUAAAUCCUACCCCCCAACAAUUCAUCCAUCCAAAACCACCACCAUGUCCACCUCGCCUCCAUACAACUACAACCGCCUCGUCGGCAAACACAUCCUCAUCCUGGGCGGCACCUCAGGCAUCGGCCUGGCCGUGGCAAAACUCUCCCUCGCCGCCUCUGCCAGAGUAACCAUCUCCUCGUCCUCGCCUUCCCGGAUCGAAUCCACCAUCCAAUCCCUAACCACCGAAUUCCCCAACGCCCAAAUCACCGGUCACGCCUGCGACCUCUCCACCCCCACCGUGGAAGCCGACCUCGAGACCCUCUUCCAAAAAGCAACCACCACGUCCCAAAUCGACCACAUCAUCUUCACAGCUGCGGACCCACUCACCAUCCUCCCCAUCCAAGAAAUCACACGAGACAAGAUCCUCAUGGCAGGUCAGAUACGGUUCAUCGCAGCCAUGCUGAGCGCGACGGUCGGAUCGCGGUAUCUCUCCCCGGGGCCAGAGUCCUCGAUUAUCCUGACGACGGGGACGGUGUGGGAGAAGCCGUCGCUCGGGUGGACGAUCAUGGCGGGGUACAUGGGCGGGGUGUGCAGCAUAGCGAGGAACCUGGCGCUGGAUUUGAAGCCGAUAAGGGUGAAUGCGGUGAGUCCGGGGUUGGUGGACACGGGGUUGUGGGAUGCGUUGAUGGGGGCGGAGGAGAAGGAGGGGAUGUAUAGCUUUUAUGCGGAGAAGCAGCCUACGGGUAGAGUGGCGAGGGCGGAGGAGGUCGCGGAGGCGUAUCUGUAUUUGAUGAGGGAUGGGAAUGUUACUGGGAGGAUUGUGGCGUCGGAUUCGGGGGCUUUGUUGGUUUAG